AUGACGACAUUCAAACUUAGCAUUCUACUAAGCUUGGCAGCUGCACUUAACUGCCUGCCUAUAGCACAGAUUACUCUUCAAGAUGAGAACUUUGCAGAGGGCUACCUGAAGAAAUUCUUCAACCUAACUGAGGAGACCGGUCCCUCUAUCAGACGAGGGAUCAGCCCCAUAACCGAGAAGCUGACUGAGAUGCAGCAAUUCUUUCGUCUGGAGGUCACCGGCAACCUCGAUGCUGACACCCUGGCGAUGAUGAAGAAGCCCAGAUGUGGUGUUCCAGAUGUGAGCCUUGGCCGUUUCUCCACCUUUCCAGGCUUCCAGUGGGAUAAAACCAGUCUUACUUUCAGGAUAGAGAACUACACACCUGACAUGUCUGUGGCAGAGGUUGAUGACUCCAUGGUGAAAGCUCUGGAGGUCUGGGCCAAAGUCACUCCUCUGAGAUUCACCAGAAUCUACAGUGGCAUCGCUGAUAUCAUGAUCUCCUUUGGCCGCAGAAACCAUGGUGAUUUUAGCCCCUUUGAUGGCCCUGGUGGCCUUCUUGCCCACGCCUACGCCCCAUCCGCUGGCAUCGGAGGGGAUGCUCAUUUUGAUGAGGAUGAGGACUUCACCUUCCGCUCAACCAGAGGGUACGUCCUGUUCAUCGUAGCCGCCCACGAGUUUGGCCACUCUUUGGGUUUGUCUCACUCUCAGGAUCCUGGUGCACUCAUGUACCCCACCUACGUAUACAGAAACCCCGAAACCUUCACCUUGCCCCAGGAUGAUGUCAACGGCAUCCAGUCUCUCUAUGGUUAG